AUGAGCGGAAUAAUCCCAGAAAUGGAGCAAAUAAUAAGCCAACUAGAACGUGGCACAUUAGUAACAAAAUUUUUCCAGCGUAAAAAACCAGAGAAGAAAACUUUAAUGAUUCGCCGAGAAACACGUCAAGUUAUGUGGGCAAAACCUCAAUCUCAAUCUCAACGUACUUUUGAUGGGUUCAUUGAAAUACGUGAAAUAAAGGACGUAGUAGUUGGAAAAAAUUCACGCGAGUUUGAUAAAUGGCCUGAAGAUUCUAAAAGAGCUGAGUAUUUUGGGUGCUUUAUUAUAUACUAUGGCUCUGAAUUUCGUUUGAAGACAUUAUCAGCUUCAGCACUAAGCGAAAAAGAGUGUGAAUUAUGGGUAAAAGGCUUGCGUUAUCUAGUACAAGAUACAAUAAAAGCACCAUACCCUCUACAAGUUGAACGUUGGUUACGAAAAGAAUUUUAUUUCAUGGAAAAUACUGAUGAAACGGUAACACUGAAAGAUAUUAAAAGUUUUAUGCCACGUGCUAGUUGUAAAAUAUCAACAAAUAAACUGCGUCAAGUGUUUCAACAAGUCGAUACACGAAAUCGCACUGCAUUAGGAUUUGAUGAUUUUGUUGUUUUGUUCUAUAAAUUAUUAAUUGACUACACGACAUUUCCUGAUUGGAAAAAAUUGCUAAGUUAUUCAUCCACUGGAAAUACAUUUAGUUUACAAGAUUUUCAAAAUUUUCUAACUCAUCAACAGCAUGAUCAACUGUUGGGUAAUAAUAGUCACGAUGUAUCACAUUUUAUGACUGAUUAUUUACAAGAUCCACAGCGUCAUGUACAGGAUCCAUACUUUACGUCGUUAGAAUUUAUUAAUUUUUUAUUUUCCAAGCACAACGAUAUUUGGAAUCAUGAGUUCGACAAUGUUACUCAUGAUAUGACACGACCAUUGUCACAUUAUUGGAUAGCAUCUUCACACAACACAUAUUUGAUGGGCGAUCAAAUAAGCAGUGAAAGUAGCUGUCAAGCUUAUAUAAGAGCAUUGCGAGCUGGUUGUAGAUGCAUUGAACUCGAUUGUUGGGACGGUCCUGAUGGUAUGCCAUUUAUAUUUCACGGUCAUACCUUGACAACGAAAAUUAAAUUUUUAGAUGUCAUCAAGACUAUUAAAGAACACGCUUUCGUCACAUCUGAAUAUCCAGUAAUUUUAUCAAUCGAAGACAACUGUACAUUACCACAACAACGAAGAAUGGCAGCAGCAAUGCAAGAACAUCUUUUUUACACCGAUACAUUUUCACAAACUUCAGAAGUUGAAACUGAGGAAGAAGAUGAUAUAGUCUCGUCAUUGAAUAUUAAUCGUCAAGGUUUAGAGGGUGUACCAAAUGAUGAAUUACAUUUUGGAGAAAAAUGGUUUCAUGGUAAAUUAGCACGUGGACGUGAAGAAGCUGAUGAAUUAUUACGUCGUUAUUCACGUUUAGGUGAUGGUACUUUUCUAGUACGUGAGUGUGUAACAUUUGUUGGUGAUUAUUGCUUGUCAUUUUGGCGUAAAGGCAAAGUUAAUCACUGUCGGAUUAAACUUAAACAACAAUAUGGAAAAACACAAUAUUAUUUAAUAGAUAGUGUUUGUUUUGAUAGUUUGUAUAGUUUAAUAACGCAUUAUCGCAAUAAUUCAUUGCGCAGUCAAGAAUUUGUAAUAACAUUACGUGAACCAGUACCACAACCGUGUAAGCAUGAAGAAAAAGAAUGGUGGCAUCCUGAUUGCACGCGUACUCUUGCUGAAGAUAUAUUAAAACGCGUACCAACAAAUGGUUCAUUUUUAGUACGUCCAAGUGAUAAAGAAUUAAAUACGUAUGCGAUAUCAUUUCGCGCUGAGAAUAAAAUAAAACACUGUCGUAUUAAAUUAGAAGGACGUUUGUACACUGUUGGCUCAAUACAAUUUGAAACUACUUUUGAUUAUAAAGCAAGCCGUGAUGAUGAAUUGACAUUUGUUAAGCAUGCUAUUAUCACUAAUGUACAUAAGCAAGAUGGUGGUUGGUGGCGUGGUGAUUAUGGUGGAAAAAAGCAGCAUUGGUUUCCUGAAAAUUAUGUUGAAGAAAUAGAGACUAAAGAUAGAAAUAAUUUUAACAGUAGUGGAAGUUGCAGUAAUAAUAAUAUUGAUAUAACAAUCCAAUCUGAUUCGAUGCUUGGUAAUUUACAAAAAGGAUCAUUUGAUAUUACUGGGGUUGUUGUUAAAGUUGAAACAGCUAUUCCUGAUAGAGAGGGAAUGAUAUGGCAUCCUAUUACAAUUAAAAAUCAAAAUUUGUGCACUGUAUUUCAAGCUGCAACUCAAUCUGAAGAAACUGCUGAAGAGUGGAUGAAAAUUAUCAAUGAAACUGCUCAGCAUGCUAAUUUAAGGGAAAAUCAAAGCAAAGAAAUUGAACGUGCUUGGAGAAUUGCUAAAGAAAUGUCUAAUCUUAUUAUUUAUUUCCGAUCUGUACCCUUUGAUAUUGAUCGUAUAAAUAAAAAAAAUUUUGUUUAUAAUGAAAUGAGUAGUUUUCCGGAAACAAAAGCUGAAAAAUUAAUUUGUCAGACGGAGCAUAAAUAUUUUGUUAAGUAUCAUCAGGUACAAUUUAGUCGGGUUUAUCCAAAAGGCCAACGUAUUGAUUCUUCAAAUUAUAAUCCGAUACCUUUGUGGAAUGCUGGGUGUCAAAUGGUAGCUCUUAAUUAUCAAACAGGUGAUAAGUCAAUGCAAUUGAAUCAAGCUAAAUUCCGUGAAAAUGGUUUCACUGGGUAUAUUCUUAAACCUGAUUUUAUGUUUAAUGACAAUUAUAGUGCGUAUGAUAAAAAAAUAUUUAAAGAUAUUGACGGUAUGAGAAUAAAAUUAGUUGUAAUUGGAGCUAGACAUUUACACAAAGCUGGUAAAAGUAAUAUUGCUAGUCCAUACGUUGAAGUUGAAAUAAUAGGCGCUGAUUAUGAUAAUGGUAAUAAAUUAACAACUAAAACUAUUUCUGAUAAUGGAUUUAAUCCAAUAUGGAAUGAAUCUUGUGAAUUUAAUAUUGUUAAUGUUAAUUUUGCGUUUAUUAGAUUUUUAGUCCAAGAUGAAGAUGUUUUUGGCGAUUGUAAUUUUAUUGGACAAGCUACUUAUCCAGUUAAAUGUUUAAGAACUGGUUAUCGUAGUGUUCCAUUAAAAAAUCAGUACAGUGAAGAUCUUGAAUUAGCUUCAUUGUUAGUACAUAUUACUAUCACUAAAUUAGUCAACAAUUAA